UCACGAGUUCAAAGGUAAUCAGAGCAACAACAGACUACUGCAGCGGCUCACAUUUGUUUUGAGCGAAUGUUGUGCAUUAUGAAAUGUAGCUAAAACUUAGGAGAGUUAUGCUAUUGAAAUGGUUCUUCUUGUGUAAAAACAUGCGCUUAAACUGCCUGCUUCCAAAAUGAAGACGCCGCUCUAGAAAAGCUACAAAUAUACGGUGUAUUUCUUGCAGCAAGCUGUGACUUAUUUCAUGUCCUCCCCACUGGUCCACAAGGGCAGGUUAUGUCUGUAUCACACUAUUACAUCGAGUACAGCUAGAUUCAUCAAACUGAAACAUCAACAGCAAAGAACAUUAUUCCUUGCUCCAAGGCAAAGGGAUGUCCACGGUCUACGUCCAAGCCAAGACAGGACAGUCUGGUGGCCUGGGUUUCGAAGACUGUUCUGUAGAGGAGGAGUGGAGGGCUCCAAGCAGCAGACGCUAGAGGACCUCACUAAGAACAUCAGAUGCAGACAGUACAAGAGGAUCAUAGUGAUGGCCGGGGCUGGGAUCAGCACGCCUAGUGGUAUCCCAGACUUCAGGUCCCCUGGCAGUGGUCUCUAUGACAACCUCCAGCAGUAUAAUCUUCCUUACGCAGAAGCCAUCUUCGAGAUCAACUACUUCCAUCACAACCCCAACCCUUUCUUUGCCCUGGCCAAAGAGCUGUACCCAGGCAACUACCAACCCAACCUCACACACUAUUUUGUACGGCUCCUUCAUGACAAGGGCCAGCUCCUCAGAAUGUACACGCAGAAUAUCGACGGCCUGGAGAGACUGGCAGGAAUCCCCCCUGAGAAACUGGUGGAGGCACACGGCUCAUUUGCUACUGCUACCUGUACUGUGUGUCUGAGAGACUACAAGGGGGAGGAGCUAUGUCCUGAUAUUAUGAAGGGGACAGUCCCUAAGUGUCCCACUUGUAAGGGUGUGGUGAAGCCUGACGUUGUCUUCUUUGGGGAGGAGCUACCUCCUCACUACUUCAGCUACCUGAAGGACUUUCCCCUGGCAGACCUCCUCAUUAUCAUGGGUACCUCUCUGGAGGUGGAGCCCUUUGCCAGUCUGGCUGGAGCUGUGAGGGACUCUGUCCCUCGCCUGCUUAUCAACAGAGACCUGAUGGGGCCCUUCGCUUGGGGGACCCCGCGACACAACGAUGUGGCCCAGCUAGGGGAUGUGGUCGGUGGGGUGCAGAUGCUGGCUGAUGCCCUGGGCUGGAACCACCAGCUGGAGGCUCUCAUGGCUGCCAAUGCUAAGAAGGCUACAGAGAAGGAGGAAUGAGACGGUCAGUGUCUUUAAGAUACCAUUCAGAAUGCCUCACCGCUGCAGUCCACCUCAGUCCACCUGCCUCAUAGCUCAGGACUACAGCGGGGGUCUACUCAGGGUCUACUCAGCAGAGAAUCUAUAAUUAAAUGAACUCUCUUCAACAGACUUUGAUCCACACACCGGUCAAUCAGCACAACACAGAGGCAGCAAUUGUUUCCUGUCUGGCUUUUGGAGGAAGAUAUUUAGUACAAAUUGGGAAUGUAUUGGGUUGGUUAAUUUAUUAUAUUUAUUAGUCUUCUGUGAAAUGUGUAAAUAUCUUGAGAUAUUCUUUUAUGCUUUUUAUUCUGUCUCAUGUACAGUUUUUGCAGUAAAUAAUUACCAUAAAGAUCCGUACAGAGCUGGUUUUGUUGUCAAUGUCAUUGACCAGACCUGCAGACCAUGAUGCUGCUAAUGAUCUUGGCACUUCGAAACCAAAUCAGCUACUCUGUUUUGUCAGUCACAAGAGAUUAUGCUGCUAAUAAAGCUGAGCAACAAUUGGAA